AUGCAGAAUUUUGGCCCAGAUUCUGUGUCCAAGCUGCAGGCAAACAAAAUCAAGGAGAAUGAAUUGCUACGUUUGGCGGAGUGUGACGAGCCCGGACCACUGUCCAAGAAGAAGAAACUCGUCAUCGAUCCCCUUGGCAAGUCCGUCAAUCAGGACGAAUUUGGUGGUUUGGCGGAUACUGGUCAAGUCUCCGGUAACGACGAGAAUAAAGAGUCGAAGAAAGACUCGAAGAGAAAACUCUUCGGAGUCAGAAAACUAGAUUCGGGCCCUAAAGCCGAAUCGGCAGUUAAGAGGGCCCCUUUAUCACAUUCCAGUCUUGUCUCUCAGUUUGUAAGUCACAGUUUAAAUGCACUAUCUGAAUCGGUCGAGGAUGAUCUACAGAAACUUACGUCCGGUGCUGGUCUGGAUUCCCCUAAAUUCUGGGACCAGGUUGCUCCCAUCAACGUUGAUAAGGCUCACAAGCUUCUCAAAGUUCUUACAUCUGCUAUCUCUGAUACUGGUCUCGACACGUUCCUCGUCGACAUGUGUCUCAUGUGUCCCGGAGGGUAA